AUUCGAUUAGAGGUGGUUGUAAAAAUUCAGCAUCAUUGCGAGUAGAGGGAAAUGAUUAUGAAUAUGAAAUUCAGUUUUGUAUACAAGCAUUCUUGGUAACAAAGGGAAAUGAGUAUGAAUAUAAAGAGACGCUUUCUCUUGUCGUAAGCAUGGACCUCUCGAGCAACAAUUUAAUUGGAGAAAUCCCUGAGGAAGUCAUCAAUCUUCACGGAAUACGAUUCUUGAAUUUGUCCAAUAAUAAACUCCAUGGAAAGAUUUCUGAGAAUAUUAGUGCCAUGAAAAUCUUGGAAUCUCUUGAUGUCUCAAUGAAUCAACUCACAGGUGUGAUACCUCAAAGUAUGGCAACUUUAACAUUCUUGAGUUAUUUGAACUUAUCACACAAUAACUUCUCGGGCAGAAUUCCAUCGAGCACUCAACUUCAAAGCUUUAGUGCACUGAGUUUCAUUGGGAACCGUGAUCUUUGUGGACUUCCACUUACGCCUAGCUGCUCUGGAGAUGACACGCCCCUUGAGCCAAUACCCAAUGCUGACGAUGAUCAAGGAGGCGAGGAUGGUGGGUGGAUCGACAUGAAGUGGUUUUAUCUUAGCAUGCCAUUUGGAUUCGUAAUGGGGUUUUGGGGUGUAGUUGGUCCAUUGGCAUUCAACAAGGCUUGGAGAUAUGCUUUCUUCAUGUAUCUGGAUGACAUCAAGUAUAAACUCUUCGGUGGUGUUUGAAAGAGUAAAGAAAAAUGACAAGACCAUGCGCUCGCAUGGACAAAGAGAAUUGUUGUUUUUCUUCAAUAAAGCAUUGUUAAUUAUCCUUUGGUUGUAUAUUUUAUGUAAAACUCUUA